CCAACCGACCCUAUCGUUUCAUGAUGCAGUCAGUUCUAUAAGGUCUUGCUUAAUGUAUAGCCAAAGAAGGAAGAUGUUGCAUAAUCUCAAUGAUGAUACAGACAGUCAUGUAGAUCUAGUUGUUAUUUUUGGCUGUUUAAAUUAAAAAAGAAAAUAACACACUAAAUUGAGCUAUUAAAAAGGGAGUUUUCUGUUUAUGAUUACAGAAGUCAUAAAAUGUUGUGAAAAAGGAGUUUGAAAUGUCACUCAGUUCAUCUUGAGACUGUUUCAACCAGCAUGCAUCAUCACGAACUCUGUGUUUAUUGUUUGUGAUCAUUAUGUUUACAUAUUCAUCGAACUCUGUCUCGUACAGAGAUAAAUGUCAAAGUGACUCUGCAAUUGAUACUGUGUUCCAGGUCUUGCAAUAUCCGCAACCGAGCCACACGUGGAAGCCUCUGCUCCGUGCCCAGAAGCGACACCUCCGCCACCUCGCCAUGACGGAGAACAGGAGAGGGGAGGUAAUCCUGAAGAACCUUGCUCAAGAGCUGCUCACCGACGAGGAAUGUCUGAAAUUCAAGCAGGCCCUGCAGCACUUCCGGAUCUCCAAAUCAGUCCCGUCACUGUGCACCCAGCUGAAGAACGUCAUCACCUCCACCGACAAACUCAUCCUGUUGCUGGAACUCAGCAGCCGACUACCCAAACAGCUGCAACAAGACUUCCACAAACUGUGUUCCAUCCAGUUUCCUAUGUACGAAGCGUUUUUGAAAUACUUCACGCAGGGUCACCGGAAUUCAUUGAGAAGUGAUCCUAAAGUCAUUGCGCGCGAUGAAUCGGGACAGUUUCAGGUCAUCUCCACGGGAUUCGAGAAACAGUUUUCGUUCUCCGACUUAAAAAUGUGCUUAGACUCCAAUGGUGCUGAUUUGAAUUCACUCCCAGGCACAAGUAUGACGAGUGGAGUAUACAGUGAGAUAGAUGAUACGUCGCAGAACGGCACCAUCACCAAAGAGGAAGCAAAGAUCUUCACCAAUAUCCAACAGGUUAAUGGAUUUUCUGAUGAUGAUAACAGUUCUUCUGUUUCAUCACCCCAGCAUUCUGUGGCUUGCAAUCAUAAUGAUUCCAACUUGCAGACAUUAACCAAACAGUCAGAACGAAAAAAACAAUCGGUGCCAAAACAAUCGGUGUCAAAACCAGUGGUGCAAAAUCAGUCGGUGUCGAAACCGGUGGUGCAAAAACAGUCAUCUGUGUCUUCACACAACAGAGUUCCUAAUGGACAUACUCUCGUUGGAGGAUCUGGCACCUCAAAACCUCCGUAUUCAUCGCACCAUAAUAAUGUGGCAUUAAAUGUGGAAUCCCCGUCUCACCGGAUCAUACGACGCACCGUACUUCUGCGUCGACGCGAAGACGGGAGUCUCGGGCUGGGGAUAAAGGGAGGUAAAGAGUACGGAACGUCCAUUGUGGUGUUCGUGGUGGAGAAAGACAGUCAGGCAGAAAAACAGGGUCUGAAGAUUGGUGACAAAAUUCUGGAGGUAAACGGCACAGACUUCACCCACCUGACUCACGCUGAAGCAGUCACGUUGAUGAGGAAAGCCUGGAACGUUAUUAUCAGCAUUCAGGCUGCAGAUCAGCCAUACUCAGAUACGAGUUCAUCCAACGUUCAACUGUUUGAUGUACAGGUGUAUCCAGUGACUGGGAGGCUGGGUUGUGCUGUUCACAGGGACACAGAAACUGGUGAAAUAAUGGUGAAAAGUGUUGACCCUCAUUCUGCAGCAUCAAGGGCCGGCAUGCUUGUGGGUGACAGUAUUAUCCAGAUUGAUGGAAUCCCAGUUCACACGAUGACAGAGAAACAGAUUGCUACACUGACCAACUCAAAACGAGUCAGAAUACAGAUUCGGAGAAUAAAUGCUGAUAAAGAAAAUGUUUCUAAGAAGAGCAGUAGAACUGAAACAAUUUCAAGUUUGAGUGACGACGUUUUUUCACCUUUAGAGAAAUCCAGCCCAUCCAUUGAUGACAAUAAGUUCUCAUUUGCUGCCUCUACACCCAGAAAUAACACUGCAAAAGUCAACAAAAUUGAUAACAAAGAACCAAUCGAAACCGUCUCUUCGAACCUAGCCAAUAGAAAUACAACACAGAGAAUAAAAUGGAUGAAUGAAGAUUUUGAUCAAUCGGACAUAUUCCAAAAUGGUGGCCACACUAACUGGAAUGACAACACAACACGACCUCAAAGACUUUACAAACCACGUCAAAGUCAAGGUCAAGGUCAAGGUCAAAUCCAGAGCUUCAAUCAGGAGCCAGGAGGUUCGAUAAGAGGAUCUCGCAGAUACAUUUCCCAGAUCCACAACUCCAACCUGUCGGGACAUUCUGCUAGAAUGACCAUGGUGUACCACGCCAAAUCGCCGGCAGACGGCCGAGCAUCAUUUAACGAAAGGUCAAGGUCGGCAUCGCGUCACAAAAAGUCAAAGGAGGAGAACGGCUGGCAUCGAUCUCAGUCCCAGUCCCCAAACACAACGCUCAGGCUCAACUCUCAGAAGUCAAUGACGGCAGAAGACCGAGUCGUGUUGCAUGCCGUUCACUGCGGCAUGGAGAAAAGAAGACACGCUCUCAGGCUGUCCAUGUAUCAGAUGCCGGAUACCGAUGACGAUGACUGGAAAAUAUGAGAAAUUGAAAAGCACAAAAAACCCCACCCUAUUAUUUUUGUAUUUUAUAUAUAGAAAUAAUGAUAUUCAUAGCUUGUCCAUGAAGACCAAAUCAAAGUGAAAUACAAAAUGUCCUUUAUAAGGAAGAGAUUUUGAUACAGAAGUAAUUGAAAAGGAAGUCUAUAGUGUCUAUAAAGACCAAAUCAAAGUGCAACAAAAAAAAAUCCUUUUUGAGCAGGGGCCUAAUUCACUAAACUCUCGGAACUUUGCGAUCUCGCAGUGCAAUGCUAAAAACCUUGCAAAGAAGAUGCCUUGUUGUCUAACAGAGCCUUAAGAGACCUUUGUGAAUUAGGUCCGACUUGCAAAGAGGAUGCUUUCUUGUCUAAAAGAGCCUAAGAGACCUUUGUGAAUUAGGUCCGACUUACAAAGAGGAUGC